AUGGCUAUCACGAUGCUGAGAAUCAUGGCUCUUUUUCAACUCUUGGUUCCAAUUCUGGCUGCCUCCCUCCGAAUUCAGAUCCCGGCCUCCAAUUUACUUCCCAACCCGAAUAUUCUCCCAGCUUCCACUCAUGCCACCCUGACGUCCGGUUCUAGGGAACCCAUCCGAGCCAUUCUACGCAAGGGCAAUUACUUUGAAUUCCCUGACAUCCCGACCACCGGAUCACAUCUCCUCGAUAUCUACAGCCGCGACUACGUAUUCGCUCCCUACCGCAUCGACAUUGCCCCAUCUUCCGACCCCAAGGGCGCCGUCAUCACAGGAGCUUGGGAAACAUAUCGCGGAACACAAUGGGCGGAUCGAGGAGUUGCUCUGAUUGCAGCCCCCACCGAGCACCUAGACAUGUCUGCCAAAAUCUUGUCAAAGAAGAACUUCUAUGAGCAACGCCAGGGUUUCAAUCCUCUGAGUUUGCUCAAGAAUCCGAUGAUCCUGAUGGGGUUAUUUGCUCUCGCUUUUACUUUUGGAAUGCCCAAGUUGAUGGAGAACAUGGACCCCGAGAUGCGAGCGGAGUAUGAAGAGAUGCAAAAGAAGAGUCCCAUGGGUGGACUCACCCGUGCAGUGCAAGGAGGAGGCGGUGGCGGUAACCCGGCUGAGAGCUUUGAUCUCGCUGGCUUCUUGGCUGGUAGCACCAGGAGUACGGGAAGCGGGCGAGGUUCAGAAAGUAUUCGGGAAAGAAAGCGAUAG